AUGGUUGCAUUCCACAAACUAGCUGCGGUCUCGGCCCUAAUCGUGUCGCUCGCUGCAGCAGCUCCAGUGAGAAAUCCAAGCCAACUCGGUCAAAGGAUCAAGUGCCUAGCUUUAGGCUGUACACACCUGGAACUGGCACCGUAUUCACUCGCCGCUGUAGACAUGGGGGGAAGUGAUACGUCAGCUGAUAGGAGCGAGAACGUUGGGGAGUUUGCAGAGAUUGGAAGUUCCGACAUUAUGAUCCAGGAUGAUACCUUGCCUCCCAGGGACGAGCCCGAAACCAUCAUCCCUGAUGAAUCGAACAUCCUUGUCAAGGAUGACAUUGUCAAGAAGCCGUUGGAAGAGCACGUGGGCGACGAGACAAAGGAUGUUGAUCACGGCAAACGGGAAAUGCAGGAGCGACUUGAACAGCCUGGUGUGGAAGAGGAACAUGAUGACACCACCCUUACGCCUAACUCACAUCGUCCCGCCACCGGCUCCGACGAGGUCCCCGAAUCAGCCCCGCUUGACGAAACCGCGCCCAAUCCGCUCCUCAAGGCGGAGGAGAGAUUGACUUAUAAAGAGAAUACACCUACCCCAGCUCUGAGAUACCAUUUUCGAGGGAGAAAGGUCCUGGAAUCACAUGGAAAGAUAUAUUUACUGACGAUACCACGAUCUGUCUGUCUCCAGUCUCUCCGAGUCGCCCCUCCAGCAACGCACCCAACCAGCACGUCGAACACGACAGCCUCGAAGCUCUCGUCCAGCACCAAAUCCAAAGACAACCUCGACCGCGGCGCGCCCUCGGCCCCCGGCUUGCAUGACACGCUCCGGGCCUCGCUGUACCCUCCUCCCCAAUCUUCCCAAACCACACAAACACUCACAUCAACGCACCCUUUGGAAUCCCGCCUGGCGAACUGGCAAGCGACACAAGAGGCGACGCGACUACAGCUCCUGCGCCGCAACUUUGGUAUUGCAGAGCCGCUCCGCCGCGGCAUGGAGCUCAAGCUGGUGCGGGAGGCGGACUCGUUUCGGCCCUCCGUGCUGGGCAGGCCGGCGGGCGUGCACGAGGAGAUAUUGACGGGGCGGGACAUGGAGAUUAGCUGGGAGGACGUCUACGCCGGACAGGACGGGGUGAGAUUAGCCGGACAGGGCGGCGACGGACAUGGGGUCGGGUGGAUGGAGGAGAUGGAACGAAAGGUCGGGAUGGGCAAGUGGUGA